GUGCCUGGGCCUAGUGGGUGUUACCCUGAGCGACCUGGAGAACGAACUUCGCGCGAACCGACCUGACAGCGAUCUACGAUGGGCAUCGGAGCUCCUACGACGUGCUCCUACUGUACUAACUCGCGACAUUGUCACGUGUCACUUCAAGAAUCGUUUUGAAUAUAAUCAGUGACGUGUCGUGCGACGAGAGAGAGAAAACAGAAAUCACCAAGCUUUCAGAAUUUAAUGCUUGCGGUAACAGUCGGUUGUUUUUCGAGGAUAGUUGUUUCUCUCUCUCUCUCUCUAUCUUCUCAUAAGAAAUUUAAAAACUCGUUGCAUCUCUCUCUCUCUAGAUGUCGUAACACCUGCUUCGUUUGUAUUCCCGGACUUUAGAAUUUUACAGUGUCAAUGGUGAAGUGGAUAAUCUUCCAGUGACCGUUACGUCUGUUUGUAAUAUGAGAGAACGUAUCGCGGGUGAUUUCGACGAAUCAUGAAAAAAUCCAAGAGCAAACAUAAAUCGGAGCCGCGUGUUUCUUGAACCGCGACCGGAUAACGUCGACUCUUCGAGGCAGGCUGGACCAGAAUUGGUGGAUCGUGAGAAGAUCGCCGUUCCAGGAAGAUGUCCGCCGCUGGGACCACGCCGUCGAACGCGAACGGUCCGCUCGUACCUGCUCCGAUAUUCGCUUUGCCAACGUUAUCCUUUUCCGUCAGCCAAGUGGCCACGGUCUGCGAGACCCUGGAAGAGAGCGGUGACAUCGAGAGGCUGGCUAGGUUUCUAUGGAGUCUUCCGGUCGCUCAUCCCAAUAUCCAGGAACUGAAUCAAAGCGAGGCCGUCCUCAGAGCGCGUGCCAUCGUCGCAUUCCACUCGGGACAUUAUCGCGAGCUCUACGCCAUUCUGGAGAGGCACAAAUUCACCAAGGACUCCCACGGUAAGCUGCAGGCCAUGUGGUUGGAAGCGCACUACCAGGAAGCCGAGAAACUUCGCGGCCGACCGCUGGGACCCGUGGAUAAAUAUCGCGUCCGAAAGAAAUUUCCGUUGCCAAGAACGAUCUGGGACGGCGAGCAGAAGACGCACUGCUUCAAAGAGAGAACCAGGUCGCUGCUCAGAGAAUGGUAUCUCCAGGAUCCUUAUCCGAAUCCGGGAAAGAAGCGGGAGCUAGCCGCUGCGACGGGACUCACGCCGACGCAGGUUGGAAAUUGGUUCAAAAAUAGAAGGCAGAGGGAUCGCGCUGCUGCAGCGAAAAACAGCAGAAUGCAGCAACAAUCAGGCCAAGGAAACGGAAAUGCGCGACGAACUCUGAGUCCGGGGCCCGGUGGCAGCAGCAGCGAGGACUCCGACAUUUCCCUCGGAGGAACUUCACCGCCAUCGCCGAGUUCCUCGCCGCCACCAAAUCACCAACCGUCCCCGGUCCCCCUCGGAUCCCUCGGACCUCUGCCACCUCCUUCCUUGAAUUUCCGUUUCGAUCCUACGCAGCCGCAUUUCCGAUUUAGCCAUACGACGGCUUUUAAAUUCCCGCAAACGAACUUCCGUUUCGGACCGCACAGCCCGCAGCCUAAUCAUCCGAAUAUGCCGGGUGGAGGGAUUUUUAGGUUCGCGGAGUCCAGCCCUUUUCAAGCGGUAGGGCCCAGGGGUGAUCCAACAUCAAGAGAAAAUGCAGUUCUUUCUCUGUUCUAUUACAGAUUGCCAGAUUCACUAGGGCUACCACCGCCAAGACUCCAUCCGCACGAAGGACUGUUGCACCAUCCGCAUCCCCAGCACCAGCUAUCCGAAGGGAUAUCCAGGAUAUCCGAAACGUCGCGAUUAUCCGACGGCGGAUUAUCUCGCCUAUCGGACAGUUUAUCGGAGGCCCACAGCCCGCCUUUGAUGGCGGCGAAUCUAUCUGUCACCGGUCCGUUGAGGGUGGCUGUACCCAGUCCGCACACCCCCUCCUCUCGAGGCAGUCCGCCCCCCCGUCAGCCGACGCCUCAGGGUCAGUCCCAAGGUCAGGGGCUGAUAAGGGUUGCCACGCCGCCGCUGCCGAAUCCGCGACCGAUAAUUCACAGACCAUUCUCGCCCGCGUGAUACGAUAAGGACGACGAAUUGGAAGAUGCCAUCGGCACAGACGAUCGUCUGACACCGAGAAAGAGCUAUCGAUGUGGUAACGUCGCGAGCGAGCGCUUUGAGGUGUUGUGAAGAUGGGAAAGCUAAUCGAUCGAGUGAUAAUCUGACUUUGGAAAAGCUUUUCACGAGUCGCGACAAAUCGCGAGAUAUGGAAAAGGUUUGAUUGUGUCGAAAAAAUUGUUAAGUGUAAACGCGAUGCGAUACGACUUUCUGGAGAACAGUUCAUAGUUUUGCGAAGACUGUACGUGACGAACGGAGUAAAAUGGAUAAAUAUAUUUAAAGUUAUCGCACAGAGAUUACUCAAAGAUAGCUGUAAGAUGUGACUCGAUAUGCAAGAUGGCUUUCACCCGCGACAACAUCAAUUAGCAUCAUCAUCGGAAAGCGGAUCGAAGGAGCUUAGGAACGAUCCACACGUAUGCGAAGAUGAAUCAAUGAUAUCAAUACGUAGAUACAUUGUCGAGUUUUGUUCGAAAAUGUCGAAAAACUAUUACGCUGUAAAUCUCUUAGGGAGAAUCUAUUUGAUGAUGCGUGGCAAUAGAAUUCAUUGGAGGAAAUAAUUUCCGAUAACGCUCUUAUAAAACGCGAGGACAGAAUAGACGCUUCGAGAAGUGAGUGCGAAUCCAC